AUGGAUCAUGAAAAUAUUGAUGAAAUACAAUUGAAAGAAUGUUUACAAUUAUUAAUUGUUGCUGUAUCUGAUACUUUAAAUAAGUUAGAAUAUGAAACAAAAUUAGCUAAUGAAACAAAAAUCUUAGAAAAUUUUCAAAUACAAAUAAAAGAUUUAUUAAAUAAUCAUCUUUCAAAAUUAUCAUUACAAUGUCAAAAUUAUCUUUUUGAUGUAUUAAAUAAAUAUAAUUAUAAUAUUAAAGAAAAAUUAUUUACAAAUAUAUUAACAAAAAAUAAUUUAUUUUCUUUUGUACAUAAUCUUCGUGGUCGAUUAUUUUUAAUUGAUGCUAGUCAAGCUGCAUGGCAUGGUAAUGAAUCUAUAGUUAAAAAAUUUAUAGAAAAUUAUUCAACAUUAAAAGAUAAAUCUGGUGUUUAUGGUACAACAUUAUUAUAUUCAGCAGCAAGAAAUAAUCAUUUUAAUUUAGUUAAAUAUCUUAUUGAAAUUGGAAAAUGUUCUAUUAAUAUUAAAAAUGAAAGUUAUUUAGAAAAAAAUCAAAUAACUACAUUUAAAGCAACUAUUGGUUCAACACCAUUACAUGCAGCUUGUUAUUAUGGAUAUUUAAAUAUUGUUAAAUAUUUAAUAGAACAUGGUGCUGAUUAUUUUAUAUUAAAUAAUUUAUAUGAAACUCCAAUACAAAAUGGUCUAUCAAAAAUACAUAUUCGAAAAUUUUUUGAAAAUUUUCUUUUAAUUAAUUAUUUAAAAAACUCAAAUAUUCUACCAAAUAAAACUAUACUUGAUGAUAUUCAACAAAAUAAAAAUAUUAUUGAUUGUAUAUGGGAAAGUAAAGCAUCUUUACAAGAUCAAUGGUUACCAAUAACAUUAGAAUUAUCAAAUCAACUUCAACAAAUUUUAAUAAUGAAUUUUGAUAAAAAAUUUCAAAAUGAAAUUGAUUUAAAAAUAUCAAGAAAUAUUUAUCAUAUUUCAUUGCUACAAUUUUCAUAUUCAAUUAUAUAUAAUAAUCAAAUAGAACAAUUCUUAUGGAUACGUUGUCGAGGUUCAUCUCUAUUAAAUUUUAAUUGUUAUUCACAAUGGCAAAUUAUGUUUAUUAAACAUCCAACAGGUAUAAUAAAUAAUUCAUCAUCAUCAUCAAUACAAAUAUUUAAUAUGACAACAACAAAUACAAUACAACUUAAUUCAUGGUAUAAUGCUAAUACAAAAAUUAAUUUUCUAUUUGAAAGAGCAAUGAAUUAUCGACGAAAAUUUUUAAAUAUUAAUUUAGAUUUUAUUAAUAAUGAAAAAAUUAUAUUUGAUCUUGAAAAUUUUACAUUUAAUAAUCAACAAAAUACAAUAACAGGUUUUAUAAGAUGGAUACCAAAAAUUAUAAUCAAUAAUAAUAAUAAAUUAACAAUUGUAGAUAAUUUUCAAUUAUCUACUAAUUCAGAUUUAAUAUUACUUACUGUAUCUUAUUUAAAACAAGUACAAGUUAAUGGAAAUAUUUCAAUAGAUGAUAUCAAUCAAUAUGAAUUAAAAUAUGAAAAUGGUUAUUAUGAGGAAAUUUUCGAUUUAUCAAAUGAGCAAUCAACAAAUAAAAAAGAUUUAAAAAAUUUCGUACAAGUUAUUCAAGGUGAUAUUAUAAAUAAUCAAAGUGAUGUUAUUGUAAUAUGUACUUUAUCAAAAUAUUUAGUUGAAAGUAUUUGUAAGGCAUGUGGAAAAUCUAUGCAAAAAUUAUUCGAAAUGAAAAUAAAAGAAAAUCCUAAAGAUCCUAUUUUUAGUAUAACUACAGAUGGUAAACUUCCAUCAAAAAUUAUUUAUUUUAUUCGAUGGGAACCUAAUUCUGAUUCUAAUAUUCUUGAUCAAUCAAUACGACAAUUAGUAUCAACAUUAAUAGAAAAAGCUAUAAAUGAAAAUUAUAAAAGUAUUGCAUUUCCAGCUAUUGGUUGUGGUGAAUAUGGAUGUUCAAUUAAACAUAUUGCUGAACCAUUUAUAAGUCAAGCACAAGAACAAUUAAAUAAAUUUUCAAUACAAAUUUUAUUUGUAAUACAACCAGAUCGAAUAGAUAUUUAUGAUGAAUUUUAUAAACAACUUCAUUCAAUUGAACAAUCAAAUUCAACUUCAAUAACAAUUGAAAAAGGAAAAAUUAUGAUUGAAAAAGGAGAUAUUGUAAAACAAAAUGUUGAUGUUAUUAUUGGAAGUUCAUCAUCAGAAAAUUUAAGACAAGUUUUAAUAAAAGCUGGAGGAGAUGAAGUUGAAACUACUUAUUAUCAAACAUAUCUUGAUAAUCCAAAUUCAUUAAUUAUUUCAACUCCACCAGGUCAAUUACCAUGUAAAAGAAUAUUUUUUAUUAAAUGGGAACCAAAUAAAGAUCCUGAACUUCUUCGACAAUCUGUAAUUGAUCUUAUAUGGAAUGUUAUUCAAAAUGUUAUUUCAUAUAAUUAUGUAUCAGUUGCAUUUCCAGCACUUGGAUGUGGAGAACAUGCUUGUUCUAUAAAUGUUGUUGUUGAAACAAUGAUAAGAGAAAUUCGAAAAGAAAUUCAAAAUAGAAAAUUAUCAUUGUUAGUGAAAUUUAUAAUUCAACCAAAUCAACAAAAUGUUUAUGAUGAAUUUUGUAAACAACUUUUAUCAUCAGAUGAAAAUUUUCAUGCAUCAAUUGAUUAUCAAUUACCUUCAACAUGGCAAAAAACAAAUGAAAAUAAAUUAAAAUUUAUUUUGUCAAAAAAUACUAAUGAAUAUAAUUCGAUUUCUGCUAAAUUUGAGGCAGCUAUGAAAGGACAUUAUAAAAGACUUAUAAAAAUUGAACGAAUUCAAAAUGAACGAUGGUUUAUGCAAUAUCUUGCGCAUCGAGCAGAUUUUAUAAAACGAUUAAAUAAAGAUACAGAAAAAAGUUUAUAUCAUGGUUGUUGUGAACAAGCAGCAAAUUUAAUUAUUGAAGAUUGUUUUAAUAGAAGUUUUGCUGGAGUUAAUGGAACAGCAUUUGGUGUUGGUGUUUAUUUUUCAUCAAAUGCAGCAUAUAGUCAUCAUUUUGCAAAGCCAAAUUCAAGUGGAGAACGAUGUAUGUUUCUUGCUCGUGUUCUUGUUGGAAAGACAACUGUAGGAAAUGCUUUAAUGAAAACUCGACCACUUGGAUAUGAUUCAACAACAGAUGGAAAACAUAUUUUUGUUACUUAUCAUGAUGCACAAGCAUAUGCUGAAUAUUUAAUUACAUACAAAUAG